CAAACUGACAGUAUGGCGGCUGAGUUUUGCUGGGAGGAUGCUGCUGUCGCCUGUGAUGACUGUUCUGCCAUCAGAAUGUAAACGGAAUUACGACUCUAAAGGGAAAGUAAACUGCUAUAAAGGCCUGUCGCCGUGAUCUCAAGGAUGGCCAGGCUCGCUGAUUACUUUGUGGUGGUCGGAUAUGAUCUCGAAAAGAGAGGGGGCGGGGAGGGUCAGGGCCGUAUCCUCCAGCGUUUCCCAGAGAAGGAUUGGGAGGAUAACCCCUUCCCCCAGGGCAUCGAGCUGUUCUGUCAGCCUAAUGGUUGGCAGUUGGCUCUGGAGCGCCAGCCCCCUUCCUUCUUUGUGGCCGUGCUGACCGACAUCAACUCCGAGAGGCACUACUGCGCCUGCUUCACCUUCUGGGAGGCAGUGGACAACCCACUGCUUGCUAAGGAGGAGGCGAGCGAGGCGGAUGAGGAUGAGGGUCCAGUGGAACCGCUACCAGCUCAGCUCUACGCCCCCAAGAGCGUGGUGGUGGUCUCACGCCUAGACUACACAGAGGUCUUCAGGAACUGUCUGGGUCUGAUCUACACGGUUCAUGUGGACGGCCUUAACGUUCCCUUGGAAACGGUCAUCGGAAACCUCCUCACCUGCACCAUCCCCAUCGCCGGGGGCUCUCAAACGGACGAGUCGUCAGUCUGUAGUUUAGACUUGGCUCCCCUGAGCCUAAGCUGUGACUGGCUACUGGGCUGUUUCCAGCCGGAAGAGGAGGAGAGUGAGGACAGCUCGAGGACCAUCACCUUGGGGGCGGGAGACCGGCAAGUCAUCCAGACGCCAAUCAACGACUCCCUGCCCGUGAGUGGCUGCAGCGUCUCCCAGCUCUUCAGACAGCUCGGCAUAGUGAACGUUCUGUACCUGUUCUGCGCGGCCCUGACGGAGCACAAGAUCCUCUUCCUCUCUAGUAGCUACCAGCGGCUCACGGACGCCUGCAGAGCUCUACUGGCCAUCAUGUUCCCACUCAAAUACAGUUUUACGUAUGUGCCCAUCUUGCCUGGUAAGCUGCUGGAGGUCCUCAGCACCCCCACCCCCUUCAUCAUCGGUGUCAACUCCUUCUUCCGCUCCGAAACGCAAGAACUUUUGGACGUGAUCAUCGCGGAUCUGGAUGGGGGCACGGUGACCAUUCCAGAGUGUGUGCAUAUCUCCCUGCUGCCUGAACCCCUGCUGCAGCACACACAGACGGUCCUCUCCAUGGUUCUGGAUCCUGAGUUAGAGGUGGCAGACCAUGCAUUUCCCCCUUCGUCAAUACAGCCCUCCACACAGAAGAUCCAGGAUAAGGAGAUCCGUGCUGUGUUCCUGUGGCUAUUUGCACAGCUAUUCCAGGGCUACCGCUGGUGUUUACACAUCAUCCGCAUCCACCCCGAGCCUGUCAUACGCUUCCAUAAGGCUGCAUUUCUGGGCCAGCGCUCCCAGACGGAGGAUGACUUCCUGACCAAGGUUUUGGAUGGCAUGGCCUUUGCACGCUUCGUCUCGGAGAGGGGGCCUCCCUACCGGCCCACAGACCUCUUCGACGAUCUGGUAGCCAAUCAGGUGAAGCGUAUCCGUCAGGAGGAGGGCAUGCCACGCAAGGCGCUCAGCCACAUCAAGGAGCUGGCUGAGCAACUCUUCAAAAAUGAGAACCCGUACCCAGCGGUGGCCAUGCAUAAGGUUCAGAGGCCGUCUGAACUGGCCCCCCAGGCUCGGCCCUCGGGGGCCCCCACCCCAGCCUGCUUCCCCCCGCUGGACGAGGUGACGGUGCAGCUGUUCAUCGACCACGCCAAUGCCAAGAUAAAGAACGCACCGCCCAUCGUGCGGCCUGAGCUCAAGAGCAUGGUGCCAUCCGGGCCGCCCCUGGUGGACUUUGUGGACCGUGGGAACGUGUUGGCCAAUAGCGCGCGGCGAUUGGAGGUGGUGCGCAACUGCAUCAACUACAUCUUCGACAACAAGAUGCUGGAGGCCAAGAAGUUGAUGCCAGCCGUGCUGCGAGCGUUGAAGGGUCGGGCGGCGCGCGUGUGUCUGACACAGGAGCUGAAUCAGCACGUGCUGCAGAACCGAGCAGUGCUGGACGACCAGCAGUUUGAUUACAUCGUACGCAUGAUGAACUGCACCCUGCAGGACUGUUCUCAUAUGGAUGAGCAUGGUAUCGCAGCUGCUCUCCUGCCUCUCGUCACUGCCUUCUGCCGAAAACUGGGUGGCGGCAUCACUCAGUUUGCGUACAGCUGUGUGCAGGAGCACAUGGUGUGGACCAACAUGCAGUUCUGGGAAGCCAUGUUCUACAGCGACGUGCAGAAACACAUACGAUCUCUUUACCUGGAGACGGAGGAGGGAGACACAGCCAACACGGAGCAGGAGACGUCGUCGUCGGAGGUGGUGCCGGAGGUGAGCGCGCUGGAGCUGGCGUCGGAGCAGAGUCGUCUGUGGCCCACGCUCUCCAAGGAGCUGCAGCAGGAGCGCGUGCAGAAGGAGGAGAGCACCGUCUUCAGCCAGGCCAUCCACUACGCCAACCGCAUGAGCUACCUGCUGCUGCCCCUCGACACCAGCAAGAACCGCCUGCUCAGGAACACCGGGCUGGGGGAUGGGGAGAGCGUCAGCAACAGCUACCUCACCAACAGCAUUGCGGGCAGCAUGGCUGAGAGCUACGACACUGAGAGUGGCUUCGAGGAUGCGGAGACGUCAGACGUGGCCAACUCAGUGGUGCGAUUCAUCAACCGCUUCGUAGACAAGGUCUGCAACGAGAGCGGAGUCACCAACGAUCACCUCAAGGCCCUGCACACCAUGAUACCAGACAUCGUCCAGAUGCACAUUGAGACUCUGGACGCGGUGCACCGAGAGAGUAAGCGGCUGCCACCCAUCCAAAAGCCCAAGUUGCUGCGUCCCACCUUGUUGCCAGGUGAGGAGCUGGUGAUGGAUGGCAUGCGUGUGCACCUGAUGUCAGACGGGCGCGAGGAGGCCACGGGGCUGAUGGGGGGUCCGCCCCUGCUGCCCGCUGAGGGAGCCAUCUUCCUCACCACCUACAGACUGGUCUUCAAGGGCACGCCCAUAGACCCUCUGGUGGGCGAGCAGAUAGUGACACGUUCGUUCCCGGUGGCAUCACUGACUAAGGAGAAGCGCAUCUCAGUCAGCCUCCCCAUGGACCAGUUCCUACAGGAGGGACUGCAGCUACGAUCGUGCACCUUCCAGCUGAUGAAGGUGGCGUUUGAUGAGGAGGUGGCGUCGGACCUUGCCGAGGUCUUCCGGAAGCAUCUGCAUAAGCUGCGCUACCCGCAGCACGUCCAGGGCACCUUCGCAUUCACCGUGGGCCAGUCGACCAAGCUGGUGGUGGAGCACAAGACCAAGGACAAGAACCAGUCACUCAAGACCUUGUCUAAAAACCUGGUGAAGACGGCCAAGCGCACGAUUGGUCGACAGUACGUGACACGCAAGAAGUACACCCCGCCCACUUGGGAGAGCCGCAGUAGCAUGCCUUCCGAGAUGGACGAGGACGAGAUCUCAGUGUGCGAGGAGCCAGACCAGAGUUCCCUGACUCUGUCGUCGACCAUCCGCUCGUCUGACCGCCAGACCAUGAGUAAUGUGGUGGAGCGGGCCUGUUGCCGCGACUACCAGCGCCUGGGCCUAGGCACGCUCAGUAACAGCCUCACACGCUCCAAGAACGAGCCCUUCAGAAUCUCGACCGUCAACCGCAUGUACACCGUCUGCAGGAGUUACCCGGGCCUGCUGAUCGUUCCCCAGAGUGUUCCGGACUCCACCAUCCAGCGUAUCUCUCGGUGCUACCGGCAGAACCGCUUCCCCGUGGUGUGCUGGAGGAACUCCCGCACCAAAGCAGUGCUGCUGCGCUCAGCUGGCCUGCACGCUAAAGGAGUAGUGGGCUUUUUCAAAUCACCCAACGCCCCCUCUGCAGGUCCGUCGCAGGCGGACUCCACGAGUCUGGAACAAGAGAAGUACCUGCAGGCUAUCGUCAGCUCCAUGCCCUCCUACAGCGAAGCCAGUGGCAGAAACACACUCAGCCACUUCACCUCUGCACACAUGAGCUCAUCAGACUCAAGUGAUAAGUUGCGGCAACCCAAGAUUGGUGCUCUGAUGAAACAGGUGAUGGGUGGCAAAGAGGACAUGCCCGGAACAUUUAGCCGAGGAGCUCUGGGCUCAGCACUGGGCCAGAAGGCGCGGGUGGUCUCUCUGACCCCCCCACGAGUCUCUACCCACCGCACGCCCCGAGGUAAGUGGGGCAGCAUCCGAGGCAGUGGGCGUCUGAGUGCGUACAACCCUGACGUGGGGAACCGGCUGGCGGGCAAGGACUCUCCGCAGCCCAACGGGGGGCCCGCAGACACCUUCUUCAGGCAACACAGGGCCUACCUCUACAUCAUCGGGGACAAGGCCCAGCUCAAGGGUGGUAAGCAGGACUCGUUUCAGCAGUGGGAGCUGGUUCCUAUCGAGGUGUGUGACGUGCGGCAGGUGAAGAACAGCUUCAAGAAGCUGAUGAAAGCCUGCGUGCCCUCCUCGCCCGCCUCCGAGCCCACCAUGACCUUCCACCGCUGCCUGGAGGAGUCCGACUGGAUGGGCCUGUUGCAUCGGGUGCUGCAGGUGUCAGUGUUGGUGGUAGAGCUGCUGGAUCAGGGUUCAUCUGUUAUGGUCAGCCUGGAGGACGGAUGGGACGUCACCACACAGGUGGUGUCACUGGUCCAGCUACUGUCUGACCCCUACUACCGCACGUUCGACGGCUUCCGGCUGCUGGUGGAGAAGGAGUGGCUGUCCUUUGGCCAUCGCUUCAGCCACCGCGGGGGACAGACGCUCGCCAGCCAGGGCUCAGGAUUCACACCCGUAUUCCUCCAGUUCCUCGACUGUGUACACCAGAUCCAUCUUCAGUUCCCCAUGGAGUUUGAGUUCAGCCAGUUCUACCUGAAGUUCCUGGCCUACCACUACGUCUCCAACCGAUUCCGCACGUUCCUACUCGACUCAGACUACGAGCGCAUAGAGCUUGGCGUGUUGUACGAGGAGAAAGGGGAGCGUAAGAAUCCUCAGGUGUGUAAGUCCGUGUGGGACUACAUUGACCGGCUCCACAAGAAGACCCCCGUAUUCUACAACUACAUGUUCGCCCCUGAGGACGAGGAGGUGUUGAAGCCGUACAGCUACGUGUCAAACCUGAAGGUGUGGGACCUGUACACGGAGGAAACGCUGGCGGAGGGCCCGUCCUUCGACUGGGAGCUGGCGCGCAGCACGCGGCAGGAACGCGUCUCGGAGGAGAGCAGCAGCGGCAGCAGCGACCGGCCAGACACCUCCAGCAGCGCGCCCACGCCCAAAUCCCACCGACGCAUCGUCUGGCCCUGCUACGACAACUGCAGCAGAACACUGCCUGACGCCAUCACCAAGCUGCUGCAGGAGGUGCAGGCUCUGGAGUGUGAGCUGGGCCAGGUGUCUGAGAAGUGGAAGGAGACCUGGGACAAGAUCAAGACCACGCAGAGGACCGAGACCAAGCUGGAGAGCAGGCACUCCUUCUCCAGCUCGCUGCUGAUGUCUUCCAACUUGAGUCACCAGCGCCGCUCCCAGGGGGUGUACCUGCAGGAGAGCGGGGUGGGCUCCUCCAUCAACCUCAACCAGGACUUCGAGGUCUCUGCAGGCUCCACGCCCCACGCCACAGGCAGGACCAGCACCAGCACCCUCUACUCGCAGUUUCAGAGCACCGAGAGCGAAAACAGGAGUUAUGAGGGUAUCCUGUAUAAGAAGGGGGCUCUGCUGAAGCCUUGGAAGCCACGAUGGUUCGUCCUGGACAAGACCAAGCACCAGUUGCGCUACUACGAGUCUCGGAAGGAUAAGGAGUGUAAGGGCGUGAUUGAGCUGGCGGAGGUCGAGGCUGUCAACACAGGCGUGCCCAGCAUGGGGGCGCCAAAACACAUCGAUGAGAAAGCCUUCUUCGACCUGAAGACGACCAAGCGUGUGUAUAACUUCUGUGCAGAGGACAGCCAGAACGCCCAGCUGUGGAUGGACAGUGUGCAGAGCUGCCUCUCCGACGCCUAAAGCAACUACCAGGGGAGAGAGAGCAGAAGAGAGGAGAGGAGAAGAGAAGAAGGCCUUCAAGCAAACUAACUAAUGACCAACAAAAGCUUUCAGCCACAAUGUCUCACAGCCCUCUAAACCCUAUGGGAGGUGAAGUAGCCUCUUGACGGACAGCUGCGUGGGGCCAAUCAUACGAGUCUACGCCCCCCUCACCCCUGAAUUCCCCUCCCGCCCCUUCUGUAAUCUGAUUGGAUGGACAGACUGACUGACUGAUGAGGUGGCGGUGGCUGGAGGGGCCUUUGCGCCCAAAAUGUGGUGUUGUUUCCCUUGUCGAACUUUUGAUGAUGUCACAUCACCAUGUCUCAGUGUUGAUUUUUUUUUUAAAGAAAGAAAAAAUGACUUUACAAAAAAAAAAAAAUAUGAAAAAGCCCCCCCAUGAAGUCUUGGCUGGCCUUAAUCUAACCCCCCACACUUUCACCAUCAAAACACACACACACUCACACACAUUCACGCACACACACACAAAUACACACGUGUGUGUAUGCGUGCGUGCUUGUGUGUGUGUGUGUGUGUUGAUGCCGCAGCCCCACUAACCACUAGUCCACAGGCCCCUUCUGUGCAGAGGAUGGGAGAGGAAUGAUGUCCCAGUCCAGUUUACUGAAGCCAGAGGGGGGAGCCAGGGUGGACCAGCAUGCACCACUACCACACUCCAAAUACCACCACCCCCACUGACAAUGCCCAAACGCCCCCUCCCCAAUGCGCCAAUAUGGGACACAGACUACAGACUUGACUUGGCCCAUAGCCACAGUGAAAUGCCCAUGUUGAGCACCCUAACCACCCUAACUUUCAGCCCGCCCUGCCCUGCCCUGUCACAGCUCUGCACUGCCAGCGGAGCCUCAGUUUAACAUUUACACACACACACACACACACACACACACACACACACACACACACACACACACAGCCGAACCCCUCUCUUUAAUCUGUGAUGUGGCUGCGUCAUCGUUGCAUCAUCAUCAUCAUCAUCAUCUUUUUUUUUGCUCUGGUUUUGCACACGUCCAGCGGUUCAUGAAGGACUUUUAUUGUGAAAUCAGCCCCCAUUUUCCCCUCUGUCUUUGUCUCUGUCUUGUGAAAGGAGUAAGGUUUACAGUGCAGUUGAUGGAUCAUCAUCAUCAUCAUCAUCAUCAUCAUCAUCAUUACUGUUAUCAUCGUCAUCAAUGUCCCCCUCCUGGGGAAAAGCUUGCAUUGCACUUGUCUCUCCUCCGCCUCUCCUCUUUUCUCUUCCUCUCCUCUCCUCACGCCAUUCUGAGAUUACCUUCGCUCAGAGCUUAGCUUGUUUACGGUCCAACCACUCCAGUGUCCAAGUAGAUAUAUGCUAUGGUAUGUAAUAUUGAAAUAUAUUUACGCACGCAAGAUAACCACUUUAUUUCACAGCAGAAACAAGGGAUGAAGGAAGGAAGCAGGAGGGAUUCUAUACGAUGGUGGAUUUUAACCUGAGCCAUUCAGCAAAAAUAAGACGUUAAAAGAAUGACUUUCGGGGGUGGCCGUGUUUUUAGGAGGUUGGUUUUAGGAGUGUUGGUAUCCCAUGAUGCAUUGCUACUGUUGGCAGCCGUAACCAUGCAGUGUGUAUAGGGAGUUUAACGGACACGUGCUAUUUUGGACAUUUAGCCCCAUUUAUGAGUUGUCUGCAAUGCAAUAGAGUGGUCCUCACUCCUCAACAAUUUUUUGAUGUUUGCUGCUGUCUCCGCUACUUCGGAUAUUGUCCCAACCGACUUUAGAAUGGCCAACCAUGUCCAUAUCUGUUCUGAAAACCACCCUACUGGCACUGGUAUGCCAUAUCCAUUUUUGUAGCAAAACAUGGAUUCGGUGGUGUUUUAUUUAGCAUUUUGUAAAUGCAGAUUUCACAAAACUUGCAAAAUGAAAAAGUCACAUUUCACUUUCAAACUUGUUUGGGAAUACCAGUGAACACCCCUAAACACUUGAGAGGCAUACUACAAAAAAUGUGUGGGAUAGUUUUAAGAACGGAUAUGGACAUUCCAAUAGAAGGCCAUCCUAAUGUCAGUUGAGACAAAAUCCAAAUUAGCCAAAUAACAGAGAAGGCGGCAAGCAUAAAUGGUGAGUACCACUCUACGAUUCAGGAAAGGGGCUAAACGCUCAAAAUAGUGCACUCGCCCUUUAACAUAGCUCUAGAACACUAGAUGUCACGUCCAUCACCCCUUGUCUAUUGGCAUGAAGGUCUCCAUUUUCUCACCGUCAUCUUAGCUUGACUGGUGACGAGAAGGCGAUACUGAAAUUAUCCUGUAGGUGGCGGCAAAACAGCAUGUUUGCUGAUGGUAUGAAAAGCAAGAUGGCAAACGCCUGGAGGCUUGCCACGGCAAAAGCCUGAACGCGGCAUCUAGCAUUCUAUAUCUAUGGAGCUUAAGGGGUCAGGUUAAUGGGUUAGAGAUGAACUUGUCCAAUAGUAUUUUUAUAAGGUCUGUGUUUUAUUGAAGUUUGGCCGUCUCAAUGACAAUACAUUCAUCCUGGUGACACAUUUCAUUUCAGAAGCCUGCACAGUGUGGGCAGUAGCAGCAGGGUCUUAGCAGUAGCUGUGUUGCGAGUGUGUGGUAGCCUUGUGUGUGCAGGGGGGGAACUGAGACUCGUGUUUGUUCUUAGCAUCGUGGGAACUCACAGCAGAGAUUUGAGCAGGGGAGGGAAUGAAGUCACUGUUUGCAGAUUGUGUGUAUGUUUGCAUUUCUCAGGCAACAGGCAACGUUUGUUCAGUCCUGUCCUGAUAGUGUGAGGGUAAGUGGGAGAGACAAGGCUUUCACUUCUGGAGUCAGCAUGUUGAGUCUUCCAAGCACGCCAGUUACUUUCAGCCUCAAGGCCUGUGUGUGUGUGUGUGUGUGUGUGUGUGUGUGUGUGUGUGUGUGUGCGCGUGUGCGUGCGUGUGUGCCCACUUGCAGUGUUCCCCCUGAGCCAGGAGGUGUAGCCAUUGGUGACAUUUAGUCAAGCCAUCGUUUUAUUCUUUUUCUCUCCUCUUCCUUGGCUGGGCUCUCUCAGUAUGCCAGAGCAGUACCACAUGUACCAUAGCCCCCACACCACUCCUCCUCCUCCUCCUCCCAUCUUUCCUCUCGUUUAACAGUGCAACCACCAGAACCCUAGCUAGAUACCCCAUCUCCUGACACACACACACACACACACACCAUAUACAAACAUGAGCAGUUGACAUUACAGUGUAAAAUAAGGUUUUACUGCUGUUUUUUUUUUUUGAAUUGUAGAUUUUUGUUCUAAUAACGGCUUUGUAUAUAAUACUCAGAGUUGUAUGUAACCUUUAUGGUAGUAAUUUAUUUAACUUUUUUGUCUUCUUAAAAAAACAACAACAAAAGUUUUGUUUUUUUCUCAAGCACCUCUCUUUCUUGAGUUAGAGAAGUCAAAAAUAUGUGCCAUUCGUUUUUUUUCUCUCUGUAUUAACGUGACUAAUGCUUCUGUUUUUGAGAAUACUUUACAUACUGCUACUGGGUUAUAAAAGAAGAACCCUUGUGUUGUUCAAAGGAAGUUUAAAAUGGUUGUCCUUACUCCCGUGUGUGUGUGUGUGUGUGCGUGCGUGUGUGUGUGUGUGUGAGAGAGACAGAGAGAAAAUGCACCUGACAUUUUGUUGCAACCACAGUAAUUCUUGUUUUGUUUUGAUUUUUUGUUGUUACCAAUAGUUCCACAGUGGGGAGGGGAAACAAUCACCACACACACACACACACACACACCCACACACACAAAGUUCUAGCCUAAUGUCAUUGAAUGUCAUCGUCACACUCAGUAGUGCACAAUCCACAUUUUUUUCAUUCAGAACAAAACAGCAACUAGAACAUUUUUUAUUUAUUUUCUUUUCAUACUUCUAAUUUUGUUUUGUUGUUUUUUCGUUCCCUUUUUCUCUUCUUUUUGAGGAAAUAGCAUUUUUUUCUUCUGAGCCGGGUUCUUUUUUUGUCAAUCAUGUAAAAUAUUUUUUAGGAUUAAAAAAGAAAAACACGGUGAGUUAUAAUUUGUCACUGGGCCUUGG